AUGCAUGCUGAGAUGAAGGAGGGCGGGGCCACGCACUGGGAGGGUGGACGAGAGGGGCGAGAGGCAGGAGCGGAGGGAGAGGAGGCAGAGUGGUGGGAGGUGGAGGUAUGCUUGGACGUGGGGUCGCCGUACAGCCACGUGGCGCUCGAGAUCCUCCUCAGGUACCGCCAUGUGUGGAACGUGCGACUGCUGCUGCGGCCGGUGCUGCUGGGCGCCAUCCUCCGCGCCACAGGCAACGCCAUGCCCUCUGCCGUGCCCGCCCGCGGAGCGUGGUUACAGCACGACAUGGAGCGCACAGCAGCGUUCGCCCGCCUGCCGCGCCUCUCCCCCCCACCGGGCUUCGGCUCACCGCGCUUCUCCACGCUGCGCUGCCAGCGCCUGCUCACCGCCCUCGCGCUGCAACAGGGCUAUGACUCGCCGCAGCUGCUCGCCCUCACACGCGCACUCUUCAAAGCCAUCUGGACCGCUCCUCCUCCCCAUCGCCCUCCUCCUUCUGCCCACCCCACCUCAACCACCACGCAUACCGUCCCCAUUGCUCCCGCCUCCGCCUCCUCCUCCUCCUCCUCCUCUUCCUCCACAUCGGAUAUCUCACCCCCAUCGCGCGCCGACAUCGCAGCACCGGCGUUUCUGCGCCACGCAUGCAGCCAGGCUAGCAUCCUGCCCGCCCACCAGGAUGCGCUGCUGGCUGCUGCUGCCACACCUGCCGUCAAACAGGCGCUUACUGCGAGCACACACGCGGCCAUACAAGAGGGCGCAUUCGGAGUGCCGACACUCUUCAUCCGCCCCACCACUCGCGCCCUGCGUCUGCCCACGGGCGCCACGCUUGCCCCCUCCCAUCAUCUCAUGCUCUUCGGCUCCGACCGCUUUGAGCAGCUUGCCUGGCUGCUGGGGCUGCCGUGGCACGGCCCCAACCCCCCGCUAGCAGCGCUCUGA